UUACAUUUUAAAGGAAAUCACAGAAAAUGAGUGGAGCAGGAAAGAAAACAGAAGCGGGGUCGCCUGGAGUUCUGAGCUGGAUUAGCUCCGCUUGUCGGUUCGCCACGGACAGGAACGAUUUCAGAAGGAAUGUUCUUGUGAAUAUAGGCUUGUUUGCAGCAGGAGUUUGGGUAGCAAGAAACCUGUCAGAUUUUGACCUGAUGUCUCCUCAGCCAGUCACAUAGUUCCUGCCAUGCCAUGAGAUUUUACAGGAGGGGAACUAUGACAUCUGAUCAAGAAUGAAGUUUUGCAACAAGGGGACCGAUGGCAAUAGACCAGUAGAUACUGAAUGGAAAAAAAUUUACAGAGGACUGCUUUACAUUUUUGUUAAACAAGUAAAACAACUGAUGUUACUGGAAGUGUCAAACUUUAUUAAGUAUAAAUAAUACAUUUCAGGUUUGUUAAGGUUUUCACAGUUACUUGAGUGGGACUAGUCACACACCUGAAAGAAGAGGAUAUACAAAAGUUAUGCAUGUUCAACUCACUAAACUGUGUUAACAAUGAAACCAUAAUCUUUGGAGCACUGUCCUUUAGAAAAUCUAUUUUUGCAUUACCUGCUAUGCUUUGCUUUGAAGAUAAAAGCUGGACCCAUGUCUCUUUUUCCAAUCUGCAGGCAAAUAUCCAGUUUGAACUUAAAUUAAAAGUUGCCCUGAAAUGA